UCUCGGAUUUUGCCUCCCGGUUAACCCGUAUGUCGUAGCACUCACCUCGCUCACCCUCUGCCGGAGUCAUGCGUGAAGUCUGUUAACGGAAUUCAGUGUCUCUUUUUCUUGCGAAUCAUUCGUCGUGCGUAAGUGCGAUCCCGGAGGUUGGAAGAAAAAAGGAGCCUUCCCCAGGCUGGGUGAAACUAAUACGGUUCGAAGGUGAAUUGGAGAUCGUAGACGUAACUGCGGAAGAAGCCAAAUGUCGUCCUACUAUUCGUCGUCCCGUAGUUCGUCACGGGCCACUGACUGCAAAGUCUAUGUGGGUGACCUGGGCAAUGGUGCUGCCAAGGGGGAGUUGGAGCGGGCCUUCAGCUACUACGGUCCACUGAGGACCGUCUGGGUGGCCAGGAACCCACCGGGGUUUGCUUUUGUUGAGUUUGAGGACCCAAGAGAUGCUGAGGAUGCUGUGAAAGGCAUGGAUGGAAAGCUCCUGUGUGGCUCACGUGUACGCGUUGAGAUGUCAACGGGCAUGUCCAGAAAGGGCCGUGGACGCCCCAGCCGGCGCCAAUUCGACCCGAACGACCGCUGCUACCAGUGUGGGGACCGCGGCCAUUACGCCUAUGACUGCUACCGCUUCAGCAAGCGAGGAGGAGGAGGCCGUCGUAGCAGCAGGUCUCGUUCCCGCUCCCGGUCACGAUCCAGGUCCCGUUCUCGUGGACGUCGCUACCGAUCUCGUUCUCACUCUCGCAGCCAUAGCCGCAGCAGGAGCCGUCGCCGCUCUCCAUCCUACGCGAGGCGCAGAAGCAGGUCUGGCUCCCCGGCCCGCUCCAAGUCCAGGACUCCGAUAAGAAGUCGCUCCAGGUCUCGUUCUCGGUCCAGAUCCGCACCAAGAGGGCGCUCCGCUUCCCGUUCUCGCUCUCGAUCACCCUCGGCCAAUCACAAGAGGAACAGUGUGUGCUGGGAGCUGCGCACUGCGCUGACACUACAGCUGAUCCCAGGCCCAGGGUCUGCCAGCUGGCGGUGUGUACAUCCUGCGGGAGGGUGACUAAGCGCUGACCUGAGAUCAGCCUUCGCCUGGCGUUAGACAGCGAGAACCUCCCCCCACGCAGUGAAUGGGUGACCGUCUGGCCGACCGACGCACACGCUCAGACGAGAUCAGCCCGUGCACUCUUACGACUGUUCUCCUAGAGUCACCCAAGGCCGCCAGCCAGCCGGCAGAUCUACCAGAGCGCCGACACGAACAAUUCAGAGUUCGACCAUUUAAAAUCCAUUACCUACCUACCAGACCCCCUACUACUACUACUACCUACCUACCAGAGCUCUGCGGCCUCUGUCUUAGCUUCUGAAAAUGAGAGCGAGCUGACCAGAGAUCAGUCUACAAGAGCGUAGUCAUCCGUCCUUCAGUGCUUUCAUCCUUCGCUUCUCUGUACUUGUUGUUUCUGCCAGUGUCUCCAAAGGUAACGACAACCCCCUACUCCCCCACCCCAUCCUCUCUAUCUACCCCCAUUCCUCACAUGACAAGCUCUAUUUUAUGGUCAAAGCAAAUCCACAGACUUGAUGUACAGUGGGGAAAUGGGUGGCGACCAAGUAAAAAGUUAAGAAUGAGCAUGCUCGCGUGAGUGCUGUGAGUGUGUGUGUUGUCUCGGAGGAGCGCAUGUGUUACAUGGGCAGAAACGUUCAUCUGAAGCCAGAAGUGCUGAAGGCCAACCAGACAGGUUGUCCUUUUCCUACCCUUUCGCAUCAAGGACUCUAGUUAGCCGGUGAAGGGCAUUGCUGCAAUUUUGUCCUAAGAGCACAAGAUGUCACCCACUUUUUUAGUAGUGAGGUGAUAGAUCGGUUUUACUUAGCACUGAGGACGCCAUUAUUCAUUUCUCAUUUUAGACCUGGGCCAUGACAUGUAACCCGGCAAGUUACUUCUGACAAGUUGUUCAAAUGACAGUGGAGUGAGUGUGUUGUCGUGAGGGCGGCGGUUGUCUUCGACCUUCGAGCCUCCCCUACAGCGAACUGACUCCUCCGUUUUUCUGUUUCAGUCGUUCCCGUUCAGCAAGUCAAAACCGAAGUCCAACACCGGCCGCCAACUGAGUGAAGAACAAAGCUACUCCAACGUCCGUUUUACAACAGCCCGCCACAUUUUCCAUGUCAGGUUGUUUCAUUUCUAUAGACAAUGUGCAGGUUCAGAGGUCAAUAUCCUCUUGUCUUUAAUGUCUUUGUUUUGUUUCAAGCUAAAUAUUGGAGUGGACUUUUAACCAAUUUGAAGACUUUGAGGGUCUAGUGUCUAACAUACUUUGAAUCAACCAUUCACGAGGCAGAUAAUCACGACCUGCUGUUUUUCAUGAAUAACCUUUUCUGUGCUGCACUGCCCCCUCAACUUAAAACGUUUAUGCGCAAAAUAGAUUUCAUGUUUUUGGCUUCUUUUUUUUUCCUGUGUAUUAUAAUUUUUAAUUUGAUUUUGGGAGAGGAAGGGCUGCUUGAACAGUUGUUUCUAUUAACACAUUGGCAGUUUCGUUUUUAAAUAAAUCUCUCCAACAUAA